AUGUCAAAACUGCUUCUUGUGAUUACUUAAAUUUAUUUAAUAUCACUUCUAUUGAAUUCAUCAAUAGCAUAGUAAUCUAAUAGCUGUUCAUUUGGUUGUAUUUAGUGUUAAAAUUCUCCUUUUACACCUCAAUAGCCAUAAUGUACUUUAUGUGACGAUGGAUUCAUUAUAAAUAAUAACCAAUGCUAGUUUUAGAAAUGUUCUUCUAAUACAUAUUUAUAAAGGUAUUCUGUACAGUAAAAUGGUCAAUAAUAGAAUUUAGAUUCUUGCUAAGCGAUUUGCGAUUUUUCAUAUAAUGAAAAUAUAGCAUAAAAUACUUGCGACUAAUUACAAAAAUGCUCUGUUUCAUACUUAAGUAAUUAAAGUAUCAUAAGUCUAGGUAAUAUUCAAUCGAUCUAUCAGAUAAAUGAAAAGUUAACUAUGAUUGUUUACCCUAAUUUUUUAAGGCUAAUAAAUGCUAAUUCUGGAUAAUAUUUAUCGGAUAUAUAAGAAACUUCUAUCAUUAAUGCUCUUUACUUUCAGAAUCUUCUUUUCAUACUUUCAAAUUCUAAUCAAGUAAUAAGAUGGGAUUUUGACUUUAAUUUCAAAACAACGAUUGCUUAAAUUUAAUAAGGAAAUCUAUCUAAAAAAUCAUAGCUAUUUGAUUUAAGUAAUGGAUUAUUUGCAAUUUCAAGUUAUGAUGAUAUUUCUAAAAUUAUUUACUUUACCAAAAUUUCAUUGGUAAAUUAAAUGAUUGCAUCAGAUGAUUCAAUCCCCGCUUUUACGUAUACUAAUUGCUCUUUAAAAUUGGUGAGUUCUUUAAUUUUGUGUUUUGGAUAGGAAAAUAAAUUAAUUACUAAAAGAUUAACUGCUAUUUAAUAAUAACUAGUAAUAUAAGACAUUCCUUAGAAUGAUAACUGUAAAAGCUUUAUUUUUGUAUAAAACACAAUUCUUCAAUCUAUCUUUUUAGAUUUUACAGAAUCUUCUGAAAUAAUAAUCAUAUAGUAACAAGUUUAAUAGCUGAUUCAACUUUCUUAUAACAAGAUAAGCUAAUCGUUCUAUUGUAAAUUUAAUAGCUUGAUUGAUCAACCUAAUAAAAUUAGAUUAGUAGAUUUACAAAAUUAAAAUUAUAUUUUGGCUAUUAAUUUAGAUUCAUAAUUAAUCUUCUUAAAUUAAAACAUGAAAUAAAUUCACGCUAUUAGUUUUCCUUUAAAUUAAGUUACUGAUAUAGCGUUUACUAAGGACUAAAACAGUCAAUUUAUGAAAAAUUACAAAUUAUAUGUAAUACAAGAUUUAAUUUAAUAAGUAUAAAUUUAUUAGAUAAACAUUUCCACCUAAUAUACUGGAUCAAUCAAAACACUUCCUAUACUAAUAGGAUAAACUACUUAAUUUUUGACCUAAUAAAGCAAAACUUUAUUUUCUGAUGAAAUAAAUACUAUUUUAGAUCAAAGUUAAUUAUUUGUAAUAAAUAGUAACCUUUAAACUAUAAAUAUUAACAUAGAUGAAAUUUAAUAUACUGUUAUCCCAUUUAACUAAAAAAAUAUAUCUCAUACAAAUAAAAUAAGUAGUAUGGCCUAUUCUGAAGACUCUCUUUACCUAUUAACUUGUUCUGAAGAUGGCUAUAUAAUGGCAUGGUACACAUUAACAAGUUUAAAUCCUUCCUUCCUCUAUAUGAUUAAAUAAAAUAAUGAAUACUGCAGAAAAAUCUUAAUCCAUUAGAAUAAUUGGGCAGUUGCUCUAUUCUCUCGUUCUAUUAUCAUUUUCUAAAUUAGAAAUUAUAAUAUCCGCUACACUUACCCAUUUACUAAUCCACCCACAGACUUAUCUCAAUUUAUUGCUCAAUCUUCUAAUCAUAUUUUUUUAUUUUAUAACAGCAAAUUUGUACUAAUAGAUGGGAAUACUAUUAGUUAAAUUACUAUCGCAAGUUAUUUAGACAGUUAAAUAGUUCAAAUUUUUCCAGUUUCUGACACAAAAUUAAUAAUUUAAAAUAUUAAUAACCAGCUUUAAUUAUACCAAUUUGAUGAAAGUUAAUAAUACCUAUUUUAAUAAGUUUAAAAUAUGUAUUACUAGAGUACAUAUGGUAGCUUCACAUAUAUUUAAAUAGAUAUGAUAUCUGCUAAUGAUUUUGAAAUAAUGAUUGGUUGUUUAAACAGCGCAUUCAUUAUACUUAAUAGUUAAUUUUAGCCAUAACUAAUUCAUAUAAUGUAAAAUGGUUAUCCUUUUGAAAUAAAAAAAUUUACUGACAAUAACAUAUAUAUAAUAUUUGGAUUUAAUGCUAUUGCAGCUUCUAAAUAUUUUCACUACGCAGUUUUUAGAUCCUCAAACAAAGGUAUUUUGUAUGGUGCAAGUUUUAAUCUACUUUAUAAUCUAGGGCUUCACGAAUUUAUUGAUUAUUAAAAAAACACAAAUAUUCAAUAUCUAUGUACUUUACCAGUUUCAACACUUACAAUAAUAAUAAGAGGUAUGUUUCUCCCUUAAUCUUUAUCUUUAAGCUAUUAUUAUUUUACUUAUGCAUUUGGAAAACCUAUUUCAAGCUAUUAAAUUAAAGAUAAUGGUAAUAUUCAAUAUUAUGGUAAUCAAGAUGGAAACCUAAGCUAUGACUCAGUUAACUAUAAAAUAUAUAACUAAUUGAAAUUCAAUCCAUCGGUUAUUCCAGGAUCUGUUAGCUCAGUUUAGUCCAGUCCUUCAUUAGAAUUAAUAUUUGUUGUUCACUAUCAAGUAGAUCUUCACAGUAUUUAUACCUAUUAGUAUGAAAGUCAAAUAACGUUCAAUAGCUAAUAUAGCACAGAAAAGGUAAUCUAGUUACUUUAUUCAGACAAAAAUAAAAUAGUUAUAGCCUAUAAAAGCAAACAAUUGAUAUUAAAGAAUUUACAAACUAAAUAAUCAUAGAGUUUGAAUUAAAUUUAACAAAUUUCAGGAGUCUAUAUUGAUGAGAAUGAUAAAAUCUUCUAUCUAUAUGGAAGUACUCUAAGAAUUUACAAUUUUGAUUUAUCUUAAAUAGUAGAGGUUACAAAGGAAGGCUCCAAAAGUUAUUAGCAGUGCAUAAUUACAAUGAAUUUGAUUAUUUGUAAAAGUAACUUUAACAGUCUGUCUAUUUACAAUAAAAAAACAUACUCAUAAAUAGCAAACAUAUUAAUAAUAAAUUAAGAUCUUACAUUCAAAAUAUUUGUUGAUGAAGCAAAUAGUUUAAUAUUUUUAUGCACAACAUUUGUGUAAAUAUUUAACUUUAUAGGCAAUCAAAUUAGUCAAAUAUAAUCGAUUAAUUAUAAUAUUAUUGAUUUGUAAUUUUGGGGAAAUAAUAUUGCAAUCUUAACAUAAUAUCUUAUCUUCUUUUAUCAAAGGUAGACUCUCUCACUAAUGUCGACUGUUAGGCCCUUUGGAGGAGGAAAUAUACUUGGAUAUUAUUACAUAUCUGAUUUUAAUACAGCUGUUUUUUAUACAGAUGAAAUAAGAUAUGGUCAACUAUUUUAUUAUAAUUUAAACACCUACUAAGAUGAUGGCUUUAGUAUCAGCUCUUACACUGAGCUAGGUUUGGGUUAUGUUGUGGAUUUGUUUUAUGAUAGCUAUAACUCCCGUUUAAAUUAUUUAGAUAGUGUGGGUUUGUUUUAUAGUGUUACUUUCGUAGGUCAAAGAAGGUAUAAUAAUGUAAUGAAGUUUUUAGAAUUUUCAUCUUUAGGGGUUCCUGCAAAAAUUGUAAUUGAACAUGCUAAUAAUAAUUUAUUUAUCUACAAUUCGAAUGUAAUUCUUUACUUUAAUUUCAAUGAUAAUUAAAAAUCAACUGUUUCUCAAAGCGCAAAAUCAGUUUAGUUUUUCUUUAAAUACUAAGCUCCUUCUUAAAACGAUUCGUCUCUAAUUUUGUAUUACGUUUUCGAUAGCAACAACAUUCUAUACUUAUACAAAGAUUUUAAUCAAGUCUAUCUAACAUAUUUUACUGAACCGGUAAGGGAUGUUAAGUAGAUAAAUGAGUAUCAAAUAGUUGCUCUAAUUUUUGACCAAAAAAUAUUAAUUUAUUCAUAAGAAUAAAUUUCAAAGCAAUAGAUCUCUUCUUCAAACUACAUUGCAGUCAUAAAUGAUCAUAAAAUUAGAAGAUUUUUAACUAAUUCCCUCAUACUUACUUACGAUUAUCGAAUAAUACAUAUAAAUUAUCUAUUUUACUUAGACGGAACUAAUAAUUGGAUAAAAUACGCAACAGAUUAUAGUUAAAAUUAAGAAUAUUUUAGAAACUAUAUUACUUAUGGUUUAAUCACUUAAUAAAAAACAAUAUACUCCUUAGGUUCAGGAAGAUUAAUGUUAUAUGAUGAGUCUACUUAAACCUUAAAAUAAGCUUUACCAGCUUGGUAGUCUUAACAAAAUGUUGAAACAAAUUAUGUGAAAUACUUUUCAUUAACCAGCAAUUCUAUUGUCUUAGGAUAUUAAAAAAAUUUUAUAACAAUAAUUUCUCGAUCAGACUUUUCUAUCAUUAAGCAGUAAGAUGUUAGUGCUUUAACCUAAUAAAUUCUAAGUGAAUUGAGCGUUUUAUAUGUAGAUGAAUAAAACAAUAGAGUAUUUGCUUCUUACAUGUAUUAAAAGUUAAUAUAUGUGCUGGAUCUAUAAUCGCUGUCUUUCUUAAAAUACUUAAAUUUCCCUAAUAAUUAAUACAAUAGGAUCGCUAACAAUAAUAACUUAAUUUUUCUCUAUUCAAAUUCUCAAGUUAAUAUUCACGAAAGAGUAAGCUUACAGUAUAUAAAUUUUAUUAAAAAAAAUAACCAACUUAACUAGAUUCUGAAUUUUUUAAUAGUAGAUGAAAAUAAAAUAAUAUUACCUAUGAAUACUUAAAUAGAAAUUUAUUUAAUAGACAAGUAAAGUGACAUCAAUAUAAUAGACUCAUCCCUUUAUCUAAAUUCUGAAAUAAUGAGUGCUUACAUGUAGCCAAAAGAGAGUAAUAUUUUAAAAAUUAUUGGAGUUUCCAAAAAUGGAAUUUUUGAAAAGAGAAUAAACAUCAUGGUUAUAAGCUAAUAAAAUUCAUAUACUACUGCAUCUAACUAACAAAGGUACUCUUGUUAUUCAUAAAUUAGUAUGAUUAAUAGAAUUGAUGGCUUAAAAUAGUUUUAUUUAUCUUAUAAUCAAAAUACUUAAAAUGUGGACUACCGGAUAAUUACUACUUUUGGGGAUGAGAUUAAAUAAAUAGAAUUUAUCUAAGAUCCAAAAAUAAAAGUUGUAGUUGCUCCAGAUAUUUAAAAUUUAAAUUAAACUUUAAAACUUUACUAAAAUACUUUUUAAACUAUUCAAAGAGCUUAAGUUUAUAUCCAAAAUUUCUCUUUUAUCUUUAAUAGUAACAAUUAGCAAUAUCUUUUUUCAAAUUCUACAAAAUCAGUAAAAUGGUAAAAUAUUGUAAUAAAAGACUAAAACCUUUAAAAUAAUCAGAUUUUAUUUAGAAAUCUUUCUGAUGUAUCUAUAACUAAUUUAAGAGUAGAAAAUGUUUUAAUUAACUAAAAUCAUAAUGAGAGUGAUUAGUUAAGUAAUUGGAAUGAAACAUUACUUCUAUUUACUGACUGUAAUAAUAUCUAUCUUAAUAACUUAACAAUUUAAAAUACACAAUUAUGGUAGAGAUCUCUCUUAUUUGGAUUUUUGAGAGUAAACUAAAUAUAAAUAAAUAAUUUGACAAUCAUAAAUAGCAAUUUCUAUUAAAUCAUGGCAUUUUUAAAUGGAUAAAAUAUUAAAAUUAAUUCAAUUAACAUGAUAAAUAAUACAAAUUCUCAAAGAUUACCUUAUGGAGCUGAAGCUCAAAAAAGCUAUGAUUAUUUAUAGGAUGGAAGUGAAAAAUUUGCUCUUAGUAUUGUUGGAUACUAAAGUACUCUGCUUUAAGGAAUAAAAUUCAUAUAAAAUUAAAAUAUUCUAUUUCUGAAAUAUACUAAUAGCUUCAAAAGUGAAAGAGAAUAAAUUACAUUAUUUGAUGAUACAAUUUAAAUUUAAAAUUUUAUUAUGUUGUAAACUAAUACUUCUUUGGAUAAUUCAAUAACCACUUCAAAAUAAAUAAACCAAGCUUUAAUUAGUAUUUAAUCUACAUAAAUUAGUUUUACUAAUUUAAAUUAUAAAUAUAAUUAAGGAAAUAUCCUAAUAUAAAAUUCAGAUGAAAUCAAUAUAUAAAAUUCAGUCUUUUAAAAUAAUACAUCUCUUGAUGGAGGAGCUCUUUAAUUUAAUAAUGCAAAUUAAAUAGCAAUUAGUAAUUGCUCUUUCAAUUACAAUAUAGCAAAAGGUUCAGGUGGAGCUAUAUUCUUAAAAGAAGCUAAAAAACUGAUUUUUGAUAAUAAAUCAAAUGUUUCUUUAAAUUUUGCUGAAAUAGGUGGAGGAGUAAGAGUCUUAUCCUAAUAAUUUGACCCUAAAUAAACCAUUAUAAAUGAAGAUAGAGUUAUUUAAAAUACUGCUCUCAUUUAUGGAAAGGAUAUAGGAAUAUUCCCAUAUAAAAUUACUUUAAAUUCAUAACAUCAGAAAUUGAGAUAAUUAAAAAAAGAUGAAAAUGGAAUUGAAAGAAAAAACUUCGUAUUUAGCAAUAAAUACUUUUAAAAAAAUAUUUCAAAUAGAAUUUUAGGUUAAGAAAAUCUAUUUAUUGAGUCAUUCAGAAGUGGCAACUUUUUACCAUUAAAUAUACAAUUCGUUGACUAAUAUGAUUAGUUAGUUUAAUUUUCUGUUUAAAAGUUAAAAGAUGAGCUUUAUCCUUCUAGUGUAUAACAGGAAUUAAAUUCUUUUCAGAUUGAAAUUACAGCCGAUGAUUUAAUUCAUUCACAGGCUAUCGGUUAAACUUUUGUCAAUUACAAUUAGUAUAAUGAAGACUAAAAAAUAUUUAAAUUUACUUCUCUCUAAAUAAAUGCACAUCCUUUAUCUAUUUAAUCAUUUUUAAUUAAGGCUAUAACUAAUUCGUUUUUCCAAUCAGCUUAAAUUAAUUUAAAACUAAAUAUCCAAUUCCGUUAAUGUUAGAAAGGUGAGAUUUUUAAAGAAAUAAAUUAAAAUAUUUAAAUAUGUGAAGUAUGUCAAAGUGGAUUUUAUUCUUUAAUAGACCCUUAGUAAACUUAAAACUAAAUGUUUUCUUGUAUAAAAUGCCCAGCUCAAGCUACUUCUUGUUUAGCUGAUAAAAUAGUUCUUAAAGAUGGUUAUUGGAGAUUGAACGAUAACUCUGAUGAAAUAUUGCAAUGUGAUGAAUUUACUUCAACUGUAACUUGCAGAGAAAAUAACGCUUAUAGUAAAUAAGGUUGCAUUAAAGGGUAUAUAGGUCCUUUAUGCUAAGAAUGUGAUUAUGAAGGUAAAAUAUGGAAUACUAGAUAUAGUUAAUCUUCAUUAAAUUAAUCUUGCUAAGAAUGUGCUAAAGCCUAGCUUAUCUACUUUUUAUUGAUCUUAUUCACAAUAUUGUUAAUAAUGUAUUUAGUAAUCAGCAUUACAAUGUUUGUGUAAAAUUUUAGUUUUCACUCUACUAGUACUUAUUUGCGUUACAUGAAAUUUCUACCACUUUCUGCGAGUUGUGUAAAUGAUCAAUCAACCUACUAUAUAAAAUCCUUAACAAACUAUAUUUAAAUAUCAUCUAUAAUAUUUUAAAGUGAAGAAUCUUCAAAUUUUACUACUUUAACAAAUGUAUUGAGUUAUUUUGGAAUUCCCUCAACUCAAAUAUUUUCUGAAAUUCACUGCCUAUAUCCUGACUAUUAUUUUAGCAAAUAUGGAGUGACUUAGAUAAAAAUUCUAAUAAAAUCUAUAUAUCCAAUAAUUUUACUAGCUUUCAUUAUUUUAAUUUUUUAUGUUUUAAGAAAACUAAAGAAAUUUUAGAUAAAGUUACAUCACAAUUAUGCUAUUCUUACAGUAAUUUUCUUUUUGUUUUAGCCUGAAUUGAUAACUGUAUUAGCAAGCUCUUUAUCUUGUCGUAAAAUAGGUCAGAUUGAAUAUGUGUCUAUUAAUUUAUUAUUAAACUGCUCUGAUACUUAAUAUAAAUUAUUUACUUACGUUUAUAUCAUACCGUACUUACUAAUGAUAUUAUUACUUCCUCUUUUUGCUAUGAAGAAACUUUAUAAUCAUAGAAGAAACUUAGAUUAUUGUACUGCUAAAUAUAAAUUUGGGUAUUUCUAUCUAGAUUAUAAACCUAAUUUCUACUUUUGGGAAUUUAUACGUAUUUACUUUAAAACUUUCAUAGCCAUUUUCUUCAUCUUAACUAUAUAGUAUAGCAAUAGCUUGACAUAUUUAAUAGUUAGUUUUAUUUUGUCAUUAUAAUUAAUACUGAAUUAUAUUUAUUAGCCUUAUCUUUAAAAGAAAGUUCUUAAAUUAGACUGUACUUCAAUUCUAAUACUAAUAAUUAACAUUAUUCUUUAACAAAUGAGAUCAAUAAGCAAUGCUUAUGAGAUAUUAGUCUUUACACAGAUGAUACAUUUCUUUUUUAUUUUUUUUGUUAUACUAAUUAUUGUUCGUCUAAAAAUUAAUAAUUAACGCUCAAAAAAAAUAGUAUAAAUAAAAAAUUUCUUUUAAAAGUAUUUACCAAAAGGAAUAUUUAACAUUAUAUUUAUCAAAGAAUAAGACCAUUAAAGAGCCUUAAAAAGAUGGAUUAAUUUAAAAAAGAAUAUCACUUUUUUAACAAAAUAAAAAGCUGAAUCAAUUAAAUAUAACUGUGAUCUUAUAAUUAGUAAAUAAGUAUCUAAAAUAUAAAAAAGUCCAUCGGAUAUGAAGCAGAUUUUUAAUAAGCAAUAGACUGAAGAUUUUACUUCUUUAAAUUAACUCUAGCUAAUUUAAUUUUCAAGUCCUAGAGCUUCUUAUAUUUCAAACACUAACAGAAGCAAGUUUUUUAACUUGAAUAUAGAGAAAAAAGAGUCUGAAUAAUAAAACAAUAAAUAAUAUGAUUAGGAUUUAUAAUCUUAACUGAGCAGUUAAGAUAUUUAAAAUAGCUGGUAAUAUAAUGAAUAGCCAAAGGACUAAAAAUAAAAAAAUUAAAUAAUAAAUAUGGAUGGUAUGAAAUAAAAUAACUUUAUCAAAAAAUGA